UUCAGCUGGUGACCUGAACGGCCUGGACAUGCUAAUUCUGAGGACGUUUGUUCUGCUGGGAUUGAGCUGGUCAUGUCGAGCUGUACCUGAUGAUCCCUGGAGCGAGUGUCAAGUCAGCAGAGUGUGUAAGAACAAAUUCGGAGAUGGGUCAUGUGACAGAGAGUGUUUGGAUCUCAAGUGUCUUAGAGACGGCUUCGACUGCGUAAAGGACAGGGGCCACUGCAAUCCGGGCCACAUCCAGUACUGCCGUGAUCACUAUGCCAACUCCCACUGUGAGCAUGGAUGUGACAGCGCCCCCUGUGGAUGGGACGGCAGUGACUGCUUCACACACCAGAGCCAUAAGUGGUCUGCAGGCUUUCUGGUCCUUCAUGCCAAAAUCCCACAACAACGUGGCACCUUCUCCAACAGCUCCUUGCUCUGGGCGCUCAGUGUCCUCCUCCGGUCACCACUCAAACUGAGAGGCUCUGCCCCCCUUGCCACCAACAGGAACUUGUUUGACUUUGAUGAUCAGCAGCUCAUCGACCUUCAGGCUCAGGCAGUGCCAGGGGAGGCAAAUGGCUCCCUCCUUUUCCUCCAAGUGGACAACAGGCCAUGCUCCCGUCUGCCCUCUACCUGUUUUCUCCAUGCCAUCGAUGCUGCCAGUUUCCUACGUGCUGUAAUGUUGCUGAAGCCCACCUCGUUCCCCACCCUUCCGGAGCUGAGGGCCAUCAUCAGUAUUAGAGGCAUCCAAAAGGAACCAGAAAGCACAGAGGAGGAAACGAGAAAAGAGGAAGUUGAAGAGCCUACCCCUGCGUGGCUAUGGGCUGUGGUUGCCAUGGCAGUUGGCCUGUUGCUGGUGCUAGCCCUGGUGGUGUUUCUCUUGGUGAGGAAGGUGAGGCGGCAGAAGGCAGAGAGGGAAGGCAAUGUCAGGGUGAGACACCGGUCUACAGUCACCGAGAACGACGGCAAAGCCAAGGUCUGGACACCCCACCCAGCUCACCAUGAACAACGGGUCAGAUCCAGCAGGGAGAAAGAGAAGAUCAACUUGAGGAAAAAGAAGAAAGCAAAGGAAGCAGAGAAAAAGAGAAGAAGGGAACCACUGGGGGAGGAUGCCAUUCGAAUGCGGCCUCUCAAAAGGGACCAGGAUAUAGGAAGUGACACAGACUUUACCCAGAGUUCGAUGGAAGACAUCAAUGUGAGAUGCUCCAGGCGACGCGAGGACCCCUCCAUCUGUGACCACAGGACCCCAGAGCAGAAACACUACCGUGCUGGAACCUCACAGCCCCACAGACCUAUACAAUCUUCACCUGGAGGAUGGGAGAGAAACACCUUGCCACCUCCUCUGCUCAGCCCCCCUCCGCAGUCAGCGGAGUGGUGUGGCCCGGAUGGGUCUGUGGUUCUGAUCCGAGCUGUGCGUAGCGGGCUGGACAGAGUGGUGCUGGAGCUGCUGCGAGCAGGAGUGCCAGUCAACAACACUGAUCAUACUGGGAGAUCAGCCCUACACUGGGCAUGCUCAGUAAACCACCUCUCUCUAACAAGGACCCUCAUUCGCUAUGGGGCCGCUGUGGACCUGCAAGACAACAAGGGUGAAACGGCACUCUUCCUCUCCGCCCUCCACGGCUGCUAUGACUCCACCAGAAUUCUCCUCCUUCAUGGUGCCAACCUUGAGCUGCAUGACCGGAGAGGACGUCGACCGAUUGAUGUGGCCAGAGAGGGCAUGCAUCACCAGGUCCUGGAACUUCUGUUGGCUCACCAAAUUCAGAGAGGGCCUGUUCCCUUGGAUUCAGCCAAUGACAUGCUGUGGGAUGAACGUGGUCUGAUGUACUCGCCAUGGAUCGGAUCACAAGGCCUGCCUGGAAGAAGCGCCUCCUUCUCUGGGAUCAUAGCCCAUCAUGAUAUUACUCCACCACCACCAAAUGACUGGUCGAUGAGCCGAGUGCAGUACCCUUCCCCUCAGAACUGGCGCCCACAGGUCAACCAGUCAGCAACAGCACUGGUCCCUCCGAGAGUCAUGGGCCGGUCCCCUCGGCCAAUCAGCACCUUACAGGAAGUGACAUCAGAAGACGAGGAUCGUGACAGGCAUCAGGAAGCCCCCAGAGCUGCGACACCUCACUUCCUGUCACCCCAACCAGCCCCUCGGCAGCGUUCUUUUUCCUGCACCCAGCAUGCACUGCAGCAUCGCCCCAGUGCCCACCAACUAGAGCCCAAUUACAUUAUUGUGACAGACAGAACAGCCAGUGAGCCCAUAGAAAGAGUAGUUGUUUCACCACCCACAGAUACUGACACCCAGUUGGAGAGCCAGCCAGUUGUAAACAGCGAUAAUCCCAGUAGAGCAGAACAAGCAGCCAUGAGUCUAACAAAUACAGAGCAGAAAGCUAGAGGUGAGAGGUCGAACAACACAGCUGACUCCAGACAAACAGCUUUGUAGAGAAGGGGACCAAGCUAGGAAAUUUCAGCUCCCUAGUAAAGGUAUGUUGACCGAGGGAUGCUAAGUUUUAGUUUGGAGUUACAGUAGGUAGAUAUUGUUGUUAAGCCCAGUGCAAAGCAGAAGGCUAACAGGUAGCUGGAGGAGGUCCAACCUUGAUUUACUGUAAUAUUGUAACCUUAAUUAUUAUCCAAUAUGCAUCCAUUGCAUAUUACUUAUUUGUUAAUUGACUGUCAAAUUAAUACACAACAUAUUUGGAGAUGUUCCAGCCUAAAUCACAUCCCCUGUUUUUAUUCAGCCUUGAUAAAGUAUUAUUAUUAUUAUUAUUUUCUAGGGAGGGGGAUACUGUUAAAUUUUCUGUAUCAAUACAGUUGGUAAUAAAACAUGUUUGACAUGAAUGCCAGUCAAAUGUCUGGCAGUGACCUUGAAACUGAUCUACAGUAUGUUCACAUGUAACAGGUUGUAUUCUGAUUACUGCAGAAAUAUCCAAGGAGCCAUGAUAAAAAAUAAACUGUGCACACAUUUGCACGAAGGAAUCAGAAUCCUGCUGCAAUAAUGUAUUUUUAUGUAAAUAAUAUGGAUUUUUCUUAUCCAUUUAAAUCUUUGAGAAUAUGGGUGUUUAGCCAGUGACCACCAGAAUCUCAAACUCUGUUAUCUUCUUAUAUACCAACUUCUUUUUUCAAAUCUUUAUUAACAAAACCAAUGUACAAUGAUUAGAUGUCAGAGCCUGAAGAAAAGGAAGCAGAAUGGCAUAUCAGAACAAUUUAAUAAACACUGCCAAUAAACUUGACAGUUAAAU